AUGACCCAACAGGAAGCAGUGUCACGCUCACCGAGCACUCUCUCGCGCCUUGCCCAGAAGUUCACCUCGCCCCUGAAGUCACCACCAUCUAGCCCAACCGUUUCCACGCGCACAAGGACGACCGUCUUCGAGAAGAAAUCGCCCAUCUCGAGCUCCACCAGCCAGUCCAGCAAGUCUAGUACAGGACGCAGCCCGGUAAGGAGCGGCGAGAUCAGGCGCCAGGAACGCGGCGAGAAGCUGCAACGCCGGCAGGAAGAAGAGCGCCAGCUCCAAGAACGCCGCCGAAGCGAGUACGAAGAAGGCCGCCGCGCUGAGGAUGAAGAGACCCGAGCGCGCUAUGGCGAGGGCGACGAGGGCGAGUAUCCGACCGAGCUGACCACUAUCGGCGAGGCCGUCAAGCUGGACAUUGGAACCAAGGUGACGUUCCGCGCGAGAAUACAUACCCAGAGGAACAUUUCAAAGCAUCUCGACUUUCUCCUCUUCCGCGACCAGACGGACACCGUUCAGGGAGUCCUCGCCCACGCCACCCCCAACAUGGUCAAAUGGGUUCAGCACCUGCACCCAGAGUCCAUUGUACAGGUAUCCGGCACCUUGAAGAAACCUGUCCAAGACGUCAAGUCGGCACACUACCACGAUGUCGAGGUGGACAUUUACUCGAUCCACCUUCUCAACCCGGCCAAGGCGCCGCCAUUUAGCAACUACAUGCCUCCAGACAGCAUGAACUUCAGGUUGAACAACCGUAUCCUUGACUUGCGACACCCCAGCAACCAGGCGCUGUUCCGUGUGCGCGCCAUGAUUACACGCCAGUUCCGUGAGACCCUCGACAACAGCGGCUUCAUCGAGAUUCAGACCCCCAAGUUGCAGCCCGCCGCUACCGAGAGUGGCGCCGAAGUGUUCAAGCUCAACUAUUUUGGAAGGCGUGCCUUUUUGGCACAGAGCCCCCAGUUAGCUAAGCAGAUGACUAUAUCUGCCGACUUUGGCAAGGUGUACGAAAUUGGCCCCGUGUUUCGUGCAGAGAACUCAAACACUCACCGUCAUUUGACCGAGUACACCGGCCUCGACAUCGAAAUGAAGAUUCAGAAGCACUACCACGAGAUCAUCAAAGUUCUCGACCAGACUUUGAAGAACAUCUUCGCGGCUGUUCAUUCUAUGCCCGAGCUCAAGAUCAUCCGUGAGCGCUUCCCUAGUGAUGACCUUGUCUGGCUUGACGAGACACCCAUCAUCUCGUUCCGCGACGGUCUGCAAAUGCUGCGUGACGACGGCCGCGACGUUGAGGACGAGGACCUCUCGACGCCCGACGAGAUCCGCCUGGGAGAAUUGGUCAAAGAAAAGUACGGUACCGACUAUUACAUCCUGGACAAGUUCCCCGCCAACGCUCGCCCCUUUUAUACCCACAAAGCCGAUGACCCCUUCUGGACCAACUCGUUCGACAUCUUUGUCCGUGGCCAGGAGAUCUGCACUGGUGGCCAGCGUAUCAACGAUCCCAAGGAACUGCGAAAGAACAUGGCCGAAAAGGGCAUUUCGGAGGACGACAUGGCCGAAUAUCUCGAGGCUUUCGAUCUAGGUGCUCCGCCACACGGCGGUGCCGGUCUAGGAUUGGACCGUGUCGUAUUCCUUCUCCUCAACUUGGGAGAUGUCAGAUACGGCACCCUCUUCUACCGCGACCCCAAGUCUUUGCCAUCGCGGUCGUUCACCCUGCCGCACCCAAGCGCCGACACCACCAAGGCAUGGGCCGGAAAGGAGCUACCUCCCUUGGAGGAGUUGAUUGCCAACUACGGAGACGCCACGAACACCUCGUGGCUCGAUGAGAGGUUUGAGAUUUGGCGCCACGGCAGUGGUGCUGCAGUUGGAUAUGUCAAACAGGGCAAAUUUGCAAUGAUUACUGGAGACCCUCUCUGCGACCGGGGUCAAUACGAAGAGGUUGUUCCAGCCUUUGUUGAGUUUGUCACCAAGGAUCUUAAAUUGACUCCUGUAUGGAUGCUGGUAUCCAACAAGGUGCAGGAGCUUCUCGGACGCCGCAUCGGCUGGCGAACCUUGAGCUGCACCGUGGAGCAGCGGGCGGAUGCGGACCAGCACACCACACCCGACGGCCGUGCCGCCAGACGCGUCAAGAGGGAGGGCAUCAAGAUCCACGAGGUCAAACCUAACGAGGAUUUUAUGAAGCGUACCGAUCAGGCCAUCGAGGCAUGGAAGGAGAAACGCAAGUCAAAGAAGCAGGUGCACCUUACGGAGAUUCGUCCUUGGAUCGACCAGGCACACCGCCGCUACUUUGCCGCCGAGAAGGACGGCAAGGUCUUGUGCAUGGUUGUACUCGCACAGCUCGCCCCCAGAUACGGCUGGCAAGUCAAGUGGGCGCUAGACUUCCCUGACGCACCGAACGGCACCAUCGAGGUGCUUGUCGAGUACGCUUUGUCGUGCAUCUCGGGCCCUGUGACCUUUGGAGCCGGCGUCAGUGACAGGUUGGUGCCCGGUGAGCACCUACACGGCGUUCGGGCCAAGUUUCUGAGCAAGAUGUACGCCGGUAUCGUCAAGAGCCUCGGUCUCGGCAAAAAGGCCGAGUUCAGAGACAAGUUUGGCGUCUUGGGCGAGCAGGUGUACAUUUGCUACCCGCGCCGCGGUGUCACACUGUUUGAUCUCAAGGAGAUUGUCAGGUUCUUCAUGGACGACUAA